UAACAAUAUGCACAUUUUUGUUCAUAAUUAUGCAUCAACUCACCCAAAUCAAAAUUCACAACCUAUCAGCUAGCUCAGCAUUCAACAAGUGCUUCUGAUUUGUACUAAAAAGAUAUCAUCUUUUUCAUUUUUAAGAACUGGGUGUUUGAUUUUUCGUGUAAUUUAUCAAAAACAAAUGUUGAUUUUGUUGAGAUUGUGAUUUUACUCAAAUGGGUAUUCGUUAUUUUGACAAAUCAUCUGCCUUUUUAGUGUUUUUUCUCAUAAAAAAAAUGGUGCAAUUAUAGUGGAUUUUGGCGUUGAAUAGGCUUUUGUGAUGGGGAGGUUCCUCAUUGGAUUUGCAUUGCCUUUACUGUUUUUGACAGGUGCUCUAGUCAAUUGGAGUUUGAUAUCUCUGGCUGAUUUGUUAGCCUUUCUCUUCAUCCAGUAUUCUGCACCAAAAAUUGGUUGUCAUCCUCAAAGACAAUCUCUUCUAUCAUGGUGUGCGCUUAUCUUUUCUUUGCUGGCUGUUUUUUCACAUUCAACAUUUCACAUUUUGUUGGCCGUUAAGGGAGGCCAAUGGUGUAUAUCUGAUGCUCCAUGGGCCAAGUUAGUCGGCUUUAUGAGUGUUCAUUCUUGGAGGUUGCCAUAUGUAAUAUGGUUUCCAGUCAUCCAAGUAUCCGCAGCUUUUAUUGCAACUGUUGGAAUUUACAGAAGCAGAUUUGGUCUUGACCUACAGAAUGAUACUGGGUUGGGGCGUUUGUAUUAUUCUGUCGUACAUAUAGGUUCUCAUAUCAGGGUACUAUGCUGUUUCUUGCUGCCCACUGUACAGCUGGUUGUGGGCAUUAGUCAUCCAUCGUGGGCAUCCUUACCGUUUUUCAUUUGCAGCAGUAUUGGACUUGUUAAUUGGUCAAUUACUAGCAAUUUCUUGGGCCUCUUCCAGUGGUGGAGGUAUCUUUUGUUGUACGCGGGCUUGAAUAUUAUCCUGUUGUAUGUCUAUCAACUUCCAAUCGAGUUUCCUGAGAUGAUUCAAUAUGUUUCUGAUUUCAUUGGCCUCUAUAAGAUAUCUGCACAAUCAGAGUGGUCAGAAAUAUGCUCCUGCCUUUCACUACUAUUUUUUUACUUUAUGUUAUCUUGGAUUAGAUGCGAUCUUACAGAAAUGCAUUUUAUCAUGUCAACAAGAGAAAACACCUUGACUGAGCAGCUGCUUCCCUCAAAACAUUCAGUUUUUAUUCAUGAAUCGAGAUCUGGUGUAAGGCACACAAAUGUUAUGUUGAGAGGAGCAGUUUUUCGAACUUUUAGCGUCAACUUUUUCACUUAUGGUUUUCCGAUAUCCUUAAUUGCUCUGUCGUUUUGGAGUUUCCAUUUCGCAAGUAUCUGUGCAUUUGGACUACUUGCUUAUGUUGGCUACAUUCUGUAUACAUUCCCUUCACUGUUCCACUUGCACCAUUUGAACGGUUUGCUUCUUGUCUUUAUACUCUUAUGGGCUGCUGGAACCUAUGUCUUCAAUGUGGCAUAUACUUUCCUAAAUAAGAAAAUGUGGAAGGAUAUAGAAAUAUGGGAAACUAUUGGUUUAUGGCAUUACCCUAUUCCUGGAUUUUAUCUUCUUGCACAAUUUUGUCUUGGUGUCCUUGUGGCUUUGGGAAAUCUUGUAAACAACUCCGUCUUCCUGUACUUGUCUGAUGGAGAUAGAGAGUCUUCAUCUGAUGACUUCAUAGUGGGAGAGAGUGAAGAGACCAAAGUUCUGAUUGUAGCUACGAUAGCAUGGGGACUGCGUAAAAGCUCCCGUGCUAUAGCCCUGGUGCUGAUAUUUCUUAUUGCAUUGAAACCUGGCAUCAUUUAUGCCAUUUAUAUGAUGUUCUUUCUAGUAUAUCUAUUGAGCCACACCAUCAGUUGGAAGAUUCGCCAAUCACUGAUUGUUUUAUGUGAAGUACAUUUUGCGCUGCUGUAUAUUCUUAAGCUUAAUCUGAUUUCUAAAGCUUUGGAAAAGCAAAGCUCAUUUUCCAUGGACAUACUCUCGCAGUUAGGUUUUCUUGAUCAUUCUAGUACGGUGGAUCUCUUGAAGAUAGCAGCGCUUGCUUGCUCCUGUGCAAUUCAUAAUCAUGGUUUUAAAAUGGUGUCCUCGUUUUCAGCAAUUCUGCAGCAUACUCCCUGUCCCCCGAUUGGGUUUAGCAUACUAAGAGCUGGUUUGAUCAAAUCAGUUCUUUUAUCAGUUUCUACUUCAGUAUCCAGCCGGAAGCAUUAUAGUAACUCAUCUCAUGAUAAAUGGAUAGUAUCACAUCUGAGAGCAAUUGGACAGAAGUUUCUUUCAGUCUAUCGAUCAUGUGGGACCUACAUUGCCUUCCUGACAAUUCUUUUCACUGUGUACCAAGUAAAGCCUAAUUAUGUUUCAUUUGGUUACCUAUUCUUCCUUCUUCUAUGGAUGACUGGAAGACAACUGUUGGAGAAGACAAAAAAACGCCUUUGGUUACCAUUGAAAAUAUACGCAGGCUUAGUAUUUGUUCUAGUUUAUGGAUUCAGUGUCUUCUUCAGUUUCCGGAUGUGGUUAUGCAAGAUGUUUGACCUAUCUUCUGUCUUCGGAUAUAACCCAGAAGCUUCCGUAUUGGAAAAUAUCUGGCAGUCCCUUGCUGUAUUAGUUGUCAUGCAACUAUAUAGCUAUGAGAGGAGACAGAGCCAAUUUUAUCCACCAUAUGACAUUGAUGCAUCAGAAAAAAGUAACUUUUCUUUCAUGAAGCGUCUUCUAAUUUUGCACAGCGAGAAGAUCCUAGACAUUGCUUUAUUUUACACAUCGCUGUCCCCUAUAAGUGUAUUUGGUUUUCUGUAUCUUCUCGGCCUGGCUUUUUGUUCCACGUUGCCAAAGUCUUCUUGGAUCCCUUCAAAAUUGUUUCUAGUUUAUUCGGGAUGUCUUGUGAUGCUUGAAUAUCUUUUCCAGUUACAGGGUCAUCAGGCUGAAAUGUUCCCUGGUCAAAAGCACUCUUCUGUCGCACUUUUCCUGGGAUUGCAGCUCUAUAAGCCUGGUUUCAUGGGUAUAGAAUCAGGAUUAAGGGGGAAAAUUCUGGUUAUUAUUUCAUGUAUUCUUCGGUACAAUGUCUUCCACUGGGUGGAGAAGAUGCCAUUUAAUUAUGAAAAUGGAGGGAGAUGGGAAGAGCCUUGUGCUUUGUUUGAAAUAUCAGAAGAAGCUCCGGAAGAACUUACAAAAGAUUCCAGCUAUGUGUCAGAGAAGAGAAAAGAUGGGAGAAGUCUUUCAUGGCCAUCAUUUGGCAGUUUUACAUCCCGAGGGCUGGAAGGUACCUCCUCUGAAGGAGAUUUUGAAGUCAUUAACACUGGAAAAUAUUCAAAAACUAGUGGAAGCUCCAAAGAGAUCCAAAAGUGGAAUCGAAAAAGAAUUCAUAUCUUGAGGAAAGAAAGACUUCAUCUGCAAAAGAUUACUUUAAAAGCAUACGUGAAGUUUUGGAUUGAGAAUAUGUUCAAUCUCUUUGGGCUUGAGAUUAACAUGAUCGCUUUACUUCUCGCCAGCUUUGCUGUGCUCAAUUCCAUCUCUAUGCUUUAUGUUGCAUCACUAGCUGCCUGUAUUAUUUUACCUCGGAAUGUCAUGCGAAAAAAGUGGCCCAUAUUUGUUUUCUUGUUUGCUUCUAUUGUUAUACUUGAGUACUUGGCCAUUUGGUUGAAUCAGAUAUUUUGGAAGACAGAUGCGGGGACUGAGAUAGAAGUUUCAUGUAAUGACUGUUGGAGAAGCUCCCAUCUAUACUUUGACUACUGCAAAAAAUGCUGGUUAGGAAUCAUAGUUGAUGAUCCACGAAUGCUUAUCAGUUAUUAUGCGGUCUUUAUGUUAUCCUGUUUCAAGUACCGUGCUGAUCGCUUUUCAAGUCUUCCAGCAUCAGAGACAUAUCAACAGAUGAUGUCUCGAUAUAAGAAGACAUCGCUCAGUAAUAUCUUAUUUGAAAAGAAAUUCAUGUGGACAUUUCUUGACUAUGUAAGGCUUUAUAGUUGUUGCCACUUACUAGAUCUUGUUCUGACUUUAGUUUUAAUCACGGGAACGCUUGAAUUUGACAUUCUACACAUAGGAUACCUUGGUUUUGCUCUGAUUUUUUUCCGAAGGAGGCUUCAAAUUCUGAAGAAGAAGAAUGAAUUCUUCAAGUUCUUGAGGAUGUACAACUUCGCUGUGAUUGUCCUUUCUCUUGCUUACCAAUCACCUUUUCUGGGCGGGUUUUGCAGUGUGAAAUGUGAAAUGAUAGAUUACAUCAGUGAGGUAAUUGGAUUUCAUAAGUAUGACUAUGGGUUCCGAAUAACAUCGAGAUCAGCAUUGGUUGAAAUUAUCAUAUUUAUGCUGGUAUCACUGCAAUCAUAUAUGUUUUCAGCACCUGAGUUUGAUUAUGUGUCCGAAUAUCUUGAAGCAGAACAGAUUGGUGCUAUAGUGCGAGAGCAGGAGAAGAAGGCUUCUUGGAAGACUUCGCAGUUGCAGCAGAUACGAAAUUCUGAAGAGGAGAAACGCUUACGUAACUUACAGGUGGAAAAGAUAAAAUCAGAAAUGCUUAGCCUCCAAAUCCAGCUUCAGAAUAUCAGUACCAUUGCAAACUGCGGUAGUGCUUCUCAAAGUCAAGAAAAUUGGAGAAGAAGUUCAUCUCUAAGCACGGAAAUAGCCAGUAGCAUCAUAGGCAAAGAGGAUGCUGAUUUCAGGAAGCAAUCUGGUGAUUUGAGUACUGAUUUAGAAUUCCCUUUUGAUGUGACCGUGAGUGAAUCUCCCAAAAAUAAAAGUACACAAAACCUAUCAGCAUCGCACGUAAGAAAGCAUUCAAUAGAUUUUCUUAAAGAGAUCCCUGAGAUGAAAGGCAAAGCUGCUAGCUUUGAGGUUGGAUCACAUGAGAGAGAUGAAGUAAAAUCUCUAGCCAAGAAGAGGCCAUUACACUCAGCAGUACAUCUGUUAAAUGAUGGAGUUUCUCAAGUUCGCUUUCUUAGUCAUAUGGCAGUUUCCAAUAUAGUGAGUUUCUUUAAUAUAAAACGUGAACAGCCAGAUUUUGGUGAUGACUCUUCUAUUGAUGAGGUAUACUAUGAGAUAGAAAAUGAGAAUACAGGAUAUGAACCUAUCAGCCUCACAUUUUCUAUGCUAUCGGAUGAUGAGCCGACCACCUCUGACAGUGGAUGCCUGCAACUUGGGAUGAUUCUCCGCUACAUGUGGUUCCAAAUGCGAUCAAAUAAUGAUGUUGUUUGUUAUUGUUUCUUUGUUCUAAUUUUCUUGUGGAAUUUCAGCUUGCUCUCAAUGGUUUAUCCUGCAGUUCUCUUUCUGUAUGCUCUCUGUGCAAGUUCUGGUCCAAAUAAUGUGUUCUGGGUUGUCAUGCUGAUUUACACAGAGAUGGCUAUAUUGGUUCAGUAUGUUUAUCAAAUCAUCAUCCAGCAUUGCGGGUUGCAAUUCAAUUUAAGUUUUCUUCAGGAAUUAGGAUUUCCUGCAAAUAAAAUCAUGUCAUCUUUUGUAAUCAGCAACUUGCCGCUUUUUAUGGUUUACUUGUUUACUCUCAUGCAAACCUCCUUAACUGCAAGAGACAGUGAAUGGACAACAGUUUCUGAAUCCAGCUUCCAAAAGAGAAGAAACAAGUGCCAAAAAGAAGCUGUUCAGGGCUUCUGGAUGAGAAUAAAGACGUUAUUUUGGUCUGCUAGAACUUCUGUUGAACUAUUUGUUAGAGGCCUUUAUACAUAUUGGAAAUCUGCAACAGAGGGAGCAGAAACUCCACCUUACUUUGUGCAGGUGUCUAUGAAAGUUGAUUCCUGGCCUAGAGAUGGCAUUCAGCCAGAGAGAAUAAAAUCGGGAAUAAACAAGGUACUCAAGAUUAUGCAUGACAAAAGAUGUCAGCAAACAAGUGCAAAUCAUUUUCAUUCAAUCAGUAGAGUUCGGGUUCAAAGUAUUGAAAAAAGUCCAGAACAUGAUAAUGUUGCUUUGGCUGUUUUAGAAGUAUUAUAUGCCUCUCCUUUAAAAGAAUGCGGCCAAGCAGAAUUUUACAAGUCACUAACUCCAGCAGCAGAUGUAGCAUAUGAGAUUCUAGAAGCUGAACGUGCUGGUGUUAUUGAGAAGAUACAGUUCCCUUACCCUAUACUUUCAGUGAUCGGUGGAGGAAAGAAAGAUAUUGAUCUCUAUGCUUUCACAUUUUGUGCUGAUUUAGUGGUUUUUUUCUUGGUCUCCGUGUUUUAUCAAUUGGUUAUGAAAAACAACUCUGAAUUCCUUGAAGUUUAUCAGCUUGAAGAUCAGUUCCCGAAAGAGUUCGUGUUCAUAUUAUUGGUUAUCUUUUUCUUAAUGAUGCUUGAUCGUAUUAUAUACCUCUGUUCAUUUGCAACUGGAAAAGUCAUCUUCUAUGUUUUUAAUUUUGUCCUCUUCACUUACUCGAUCACAAGAUAUGCUUGGACUUUGGAGCCACAUGACAGACAUGCAGCAAGAUUUGCGCUCCGUGCUAUAUAUUUCACAAAGGCUAUUUCCCUUGCUUUUCAGGCCAUACAGAUAAGGUUUGGAAUUCCACACAAAAGUACUUUAUAUCGGCAGGCUUUGACAAGUAGCAUUUCGCAAAUUAAUUAUUUGGGUUUUCGAAUUUAUCGUGCUCUACCGUUCCUUUAUGAAUUACGAUGUGUGCUCGAUUGGUCUUGCACAACCACGUCUCUGACUAUGUACGACUGGCUGAAGUUGGAAGACAUUCACGCCAGCUUGUUUCUUGUCAAUUGUGAUGUGGAUCUGAACAGAGCAACGCACCAACAAGGGCAAAAGCAGACCAAAAUGACUAAGUUUUGCAACGGGAUAUGCUUGUUUUUCAUUCUGAUGUGCGUUAUAUGGACUCCUAUGCUGAUGUAUAGCAGUGGUAACCCCACAAACAUUGCGAACCCAAUCCAAGAAGCCAGCAUUCGGAUUGAUAUAAGGACAACGAGUGGACGAUUAACACUAUUUGAGACAACAUUGUGUGAAAAGAUCUCUUGGGAUAAAAUCAGUUCACCUAAUGAUCUUGACCCCAGAGGUUAUUUAAGCGCAUAUGAUAAGAAAGACGUACAAUUAAUAUGCUGCCAAGCUGAUGCUAGCUCCUUGUGGCUUGUUCCUCCAGUUGUCCAGCUUAGAUACAUGGAAUCUCUAAGGUGGAGCAUGGACAUCAUUUUUUCUUGGCAGUUAACCAGAGAUCGGCCAAAAGGAAAGGAAGUUGUAAGAUAUGAAUUGACCGUUCAAAAUGAGGAUCUUCCUACGUAUUCACAAGUAAUGGCAGUGCUAAAUGGUACUACCGAUAGCUUCAGGAUAUAUAAUGUUUAUCCAAGAUACUUUCGAGUUACAGGAUCUGGUGAAGUGCGGCUCUUGGAAGAGUUGGUAGAUCUGGUUAGUGGAGAUCUCGUUCUCAAUCGAGGGAAUCCAGAAUGGUGGUCUUUCCAUGAUAUCGAUGUGUCAUCAGGAUGCGGUGAGUUUGCAGGUCCUAUGGCUAUAAUUGUUUCCGAGGAAACACCACAGGGCAUUCUAGGUGAAACGCUGAGCAAGUUCAGCAUCUGGGGUCUCUAUAUCACUUUUGUUCUGGCCGUCGGCCGUUUCAUCAGACUACAAUGUUCUGACCUGAGAAUGAGAAUACCAUUUGAAAAUUUACCAUCUUGUGACAGGUUGUUAGCAAUCUGCGAGGAUAUAUAUGCUGCAAGAGCAGAGGGUGAGCUUGAAGUUGAAGAAGUGCUUUAUUGGACAUUAGUGAAAAUUUAUCGGUCACCACAUAUGCUGAUCGAAUACACCAAGCCUGACUGAAUCACAGUGAGCUUGUCAUCUGUAACCACUUGCGUGCAGGGCAAGCAAAAAUGUUGAAAUCUAGCACUCAUCAGCUAAUGGAGCUGAAACUGGUAAUAAGCUCUGCAAGAAAUAUAUAUGACCAUAUUCAUGGAUGUGAUUUGAAGAUUGACUCUGAAAAAGUGCACAUUUUUUAAGUGUCAAUCGCAGUAUUAGCAGUCUAUAAUGUAAAAUAUUAAGUUACAUCUCGCACUUUAUUUAUGAAAUUAUAAAAAGUAACAUCAACAGUCGA